AGCACCUCACACAUUCACACUCACUCACACAGUCACAUCCUCACCCUCCUCCAGCCCCACCGCCUCCACCAUGGCUUCCUCUGCCCUGUCUGUCUGCUCCAGUGACCUGAGCUACAGCAGCCGGGUCUGCCUGCCCGGGUCCUGUGACUCCCGCACCGGCUCCUCCUGGCAGGUGGACGACUGUCCAGAGAGCUGCUGCGAGCCCCCCUGCUGUGCCCCCAGCUGCUGCGCCCCGGCCCCCCGCCUGACCCUCCUCUGCGCCCCAGUGAGCUGCGAGUCCCGCCCCUGCUGCCAGCCAGCCUGCAGCAGCUCCUGCCUGGCCUCGUCCUGCCAGCAGUCUAGCUGCCAGCCCUCCUGCUGCACCUCCUCCCCCUGCCAGCAGGCCUGCUGUGAGCCCGUCUGCUGCACACUUGUCUGCUGCAGGCCCGUCUGCUGCACACCUGUCUGCUGUGAGGCCUCCCUCUGUUCUACCUCCUCAUGUUGCCAGCAGUCUAGCUGCCAGCCCUCCUGCUGCACCUCCUCCCCCUGCCAGCAGGCCUGCUGUGAGCCCGUCUACUGCACCCCUGUCUGCUGCACCCCUGUCUGCUGCACCCCUGUCUGCUGCAGGCCUGUCUGCUGUGAGGCCUCCCCCUGCUCAGCCCCCUCCCCCUGCUGCAGACCCUCCUCCUCCGUGUCCCUCCUCUGCCGCCCCGUGUGCCGCCCUGCCUGUUGCGUGCCCACCUCCUCCUGCCAGCCCAGCUGUUGCCGCCCAGCGUCCUCCGUGUCCCUCCUCUGCCGGCCCACGUGCUCCCGCCCAGCCUGCUGCAUCCCCGCCUCAGCCCCGGAGCCCUGCUGCUGACUUGGCACGUCCUCUCAGGGCCACCCAGGUGCUAUGGGCCACUCCGUCCCCCUCUGUUGCCAGCCUCUGGCAACAAAUCCCUUCAGGAUUUGACCCAGACCUACACGAACAUGCACUGGCCUGAAACCUCAACAAGCAAGCCUUAGCCCACCUGCAGCCUCUGGGUCAGGCCCAGAUGAACCCGAGACAGCCCCAUGUUACCGAGGGUCCACAGGCUUCUCCUGAUAGCCAUGGACACUGCUCUUCCCCCCAGCCUUUGGGGGCCUUGCUCUGCCCUAUCUCUGCCCAUCCUGUGCUGUGUACCUUCCUCCCACAAGGGUCUUGAGCUGAGUGAAUAAACUCACCAUCCUUGCCU